ACUGGUCAAAUCGCUAUGGACGAAGUGCCUGUGCCGGAAGAGAAUCUACUUCCAAAGGCUAAGGGUUUAAACGGUCCAUUUGAAUGUUUGAAUACGGCAAGACUAGGGAUUGCUUGGGGUACGCUGGGAGCCGCACAGACUUGUUUUCAAAUUGCACGAGACUAUACACUCGAAAGAUCUCAUGUCAGUAUUCAUUACCCUUGA